AUGAUAAGAAGCAAAGGAAAUCCACAUCAUACCAGCAACGAACGAAAUGCGUCCAAGGAACUUUAUAAGAAGUACGGACUGGACGAAAGACCGGUCAAAGAGCGCAGCGACUUUGAAAACAGUAUUGAAUGUGAAGAAACUGGGAGAGGCGAUCUGGAACCAAGUGUAGAGUCAUCACACACGUUCGACUUGGAUAAGUUCGAGGUUAAGAUUUACAACAACAUAUCACAAGAACUGCAGACCGACAGCAGUUACGUGCCGAGCCUUGAGUCGAACAUAAAACUGUUCAAGACCGCCGUUCAAGAGAUCUUCGACAACUUCUACACGAGCAUGAAAGACUUCGAACAGUACAAGCGGAGGUUUGAGGAAAUCCUUUCUAAGGGGAAGGAUUCCGUAGAGGACAUGGAGGUGUUCAUAAUAGACGUGAUACAGCACAUAAGGUCGGAGUCCUCGAACGUGGCGGUGAAGAGCGACUGCAGCGCGUCCAUACAGUCGAGUCUGCCUUUCGAGGGUCCGCACCAGUCACCGGAGGGGUCGAAACCGACAGUCGAAGCGUGCAGGAAUGUAAACGACAACUCGGUCACGGUGACCGUGCCGCGCAGUUCCAGCGACCUUCCGUCGGGAAAGAGGGUGUUCAACAUUUACAACUUCAGCUGCAACCGGUGCGUGCAGAUCCGGCUGAGCAACCGCGACAUGAUGUCGGAAAUCAACAUUAGAGAUGAGAGCGUGAGAGAAGACGUGCUGCAAGCCGCCUCGGCGGAGAACGUGAGCAGGUUGAAGGCCAAGAGACUGGAACUGGCGCGUCUGAGGCGUCAAUGCGCCAACGAGAACGAGAACGCGACCGAAAAGGACAUCCCCGUGAAGAUCUCCAACCCGAAGAAGAACAUACACCUGGACGAGGAUUUUGCACACGAAGAGGUGGAAGACCUGGACCGGUCGAUAAUCCACAAAAUUUGCAGGUACCUGUGCCGGAAGCUGCGCAGGAUU